ACAGUACCUACACAAGCUAUAUAAGUUAACGAAUCGGUACUGGCCUACUAGUGUGGUGGUUCAGUGUAAUAUACUUUUGUAUAAUAAAAAAUAAAUAAUAUUGAAAUAUAUAGGAAUCCGUAAAAUAUACACGGUUUUCAAAUGUGUAUUGUUUGAACCUUGUAAAAGGACAUUAAAUAAUAAAUGUGUCGAAGUGUUUAACCAUACUGAUUUAAAGAACAACCACCUAAGAAAAAUACGACUACACAAACAGGAUUAAAAACAAUAGCGGUAGAACUAAAAACAUCAACAAGAACAACAAUAAUAACACGAAAAGAAUUUUUUUAAACUAGAAAACGUUCCUUAAGUACUUUACAAAACAUACAAAAUUGUUUGUACUGGAAUUUAAUUUAUAAAAACACUGAUUGAAAUACAUAGAAUAUUUAUUGAUGUUAACAGUUAGAAGUAAAACAUCGGACAUUGAGCUUCUGCUCACAAAUGUUUCAGAUAUAACAAAGUUCUUGGUAUGACUAUUCAAUGUAGCAUGCCGCAUUGUGGAAAUGGAAUACAAGAUAAUUAUUAUUAUAUCAAAAGGGAUUCAAUUAGAUAAAGAAAGGGAUCACUAUCAUUUUUUCUAUAAGUUUUCUAACAAAGGAAAACGGUCAUGGCCGAGAAUUCAGAAAGCAAAAAAUAUCCUUUACACAAAUGCAUAUUUCAAGGGGAUGUUAAAACUUUAAGUUCUUUAAUUACACCUUACAACAUUGCUGAGAAAGAUAAGCAAGGAAAUACACCUCUACAUUUGGCAGUUAUGUUAGGAAGGAAAGAAUCAGUCCAAUUGUUGCUCGCACAUGGGGCACCAGUAAAAGUAAAAAACUUAGCUGGAUGGAGUCCACUUGCUGAAGCAAUUAGUUAUGGAGAUAGACAAACCAUAUCGUCAUUAGUACGCAAACUAAAACAGCAAGCUAGAGAACAAAUGGAAGAAAGAAGACCAAAUUUGGUUGCCACAUUACGACAAAUGGGUGAUUUUUACAUGGAAUUAAGAUGGGAUUUUCAGAGUUGGGUUCCCCUUGUUUCCCGAGUACUUCCAUCUGAUAUCUGUAAGAUACAUAAAAGUGGGGCAUCCAUUAGAAUGGACACCACUUUAGUAGAUUUUAAUAAUAUGAGAUGGGAAAGGGGUGAUAUAUCUUUCAUUUUUAAUGGUGACCAGAAGCCAAGUAAAUCAUUAACAGUACUAGACAACAAAGCUAAACUUUUCCAAAGAGUGAGAUACGAGGAAACAGAAUUGGAUAUAGAAGAUGAAGUUGAUAUUCUUAUGUCAAGCGAUAUUAUGGCAGCACAAAUGUCAACAAAAGGGAUUACAUUUUCAAGAGCUCAAACUGGCUGGAUAUUUCGCGAAGAUAAAAGGGAGAUGGUAGGACCUUUCAACGCGGACUUUUAUCAAAUCAACGGAAUGGUUUUGGAAAGUAGGAAACGCCGGGAACAUUUAAGUGAAGAAGACUUGCAAAAAAAUAAGGCUAUUAUGGAAUCUUUAACAAAAGGAAAUUCACAAGGAUUUGCAAAUGGAGAGCCUCAUGUAAGAAGAGCUUCUCUAAAUCCACCGCCAGAAUCAAACAUCACUUGGGAAGAAUAUAUUAUGGCUCCACCUGGUCAAUGCCCACUUUUAGGAAGAAGUUUAGUCUACAAAGAAAGUAGUAAAUCAUUUAAAGCUACAGUUGCCAUGAGUCCAGACUUUCCACUGACUGUUGAUAUGUUACUCAAUGUUUUGGAAGUAAUUGCACCUUUCAAACACUUUAGCAAACUACGACAAUUUGUUCUGAUGAAGUUACCACCUGGAUUCCCUGUAAAAAUUGAUAUACCUAUUUUACCUACAGUGACAGCAAAAAUCACGUUUCAGGAAUUCGCCUUUCUUAAUGAUAUAGAUCCACAAUUAUUUCAAAUACCAUCAGACUAUUUUGAAGAUCCAAUGAGAUUUCCAGAUUUAUGACAGCUUCACGUUCCGAAAACGAUUCAAGUCAAUUAUAAAAUUAAAUACAAGGCCGUUUCUCCCUUGCAACAUUAUUCAACUUUUAAGUUUCCUUGGACUUACUGCUGCCAAAAUGGCCUUUUGAAGAGUUGCACAGUACUUUAUAAAGAAAGAUUACUUUGAGUACUAAAAGUAGCAAGUCUUAUAAACUACUGAACUACAUAGUUCGCAGUAAGUUUAAAGGACAGUAUACUCUACUUACAAAAUUGUGUGCUACAUCCUAAGAAAGAAAGCAACUUAAUAAAUCUGUGCACAUGAAGAUGAACACUGUUUCACUCAGUGCAUAAAAAGUACUAUGUUGAGCACCUUGCUUUACUUUCUCAGCUUCAGUUCUGAGCUUUCCUUUUUUGCAUUUAGUAAUUAUUACUUGAAAAGUAUUUUAUUGACGAGAUGAAAAUUCUCGUGCUAUUUAUUUAUAAUUAAAGAACAAUCUUCAUCUCUUUUAAAGAGGAUAUCAUUAACUAAUAAAAGCAUGUGAAAGGCAUCCAUUGCAAAUAAAGUCUUUUUUAAAAUAAUAGCCAAAUGGUGCCUCCUGUUCUAAUAUAUCAGUAUGUAUCAUCAUCACAAGUAAGAUCCUUAAAAUGUAGUGGAAUAAUUCAUUAGAAUUAUUUUUAUUUCAAGUGUACCUUUCUACAUACAUUUUAUGUUUCGCUAGUUAAUCUAGAAUUGUGAUACUUAUAUGUAUGUGUGUGUUUAGUACAAAAAUUUUUAAAUAAAAA